GUGGGGAUGGCGCAUCGGAGCAAACACCUAUCGUGAAUAACAAUGACCAUCUCCUGAUUCCCUUCUUUCAAUUCUUCAUCUUCAUUGGUAGCGGUUCUUCGCCCGCUUCUUAUCAGUCGUCUGCCCGCAUCCGUGGGUAUCAGCCUUGGUGGGGGAAGCUCUCCCUUGUCUUUUGAGCGUACCACUAGAGGCUUGAUAGACAGGUUCUUAGGUCAUUGGGAUGACAUGGAGGAUUGUUGGUGCUUGUAUUUUUCUGGAGUAGGGUAUUUAAAUUGUGUUCUUACUCUACUUGUAAUCCUCUUUCCGAAAUCUUGACUUAUUUCAUUGUUGGGUUUACACUUUGAGAAAUUCGUUCAUACCUACAAAUUCAAGAUGUCUACUCCUUAUCACCUCCCCGAUGACAUUUCAAAGGUCAAACCAUUCGAGUGGGAUGACAAGUAUGAUUUCCCCCGCGAUCUUGUCGGGUACGGCGAGAACUCAUUUAACCCCCAAUGGCCCAACAAAGCCAAAAUCGCAGUCUCGUUCGUGAUCAACUAUGAAGAAGUAAGUCUCUAUACUCCCACUUGCACAUCAAUCUCUGACAUCAUUGAAGGGCGCAGAACAUACAGUACUUAAUGGAGACGUCCAUUCCGAAACACACCUGUGGGAAGCAGCCGGUGCUGGGUUGAAGAUCCAGGAGAGAGCAGUCAAUAUCGAGUCUGAAUAUGACUAUGGAUCCAGAAGCGGGGUGUGGCGUCUCUUUCGUCUUUUCAAUAAGUUCAAUUACAAAUAUACGCUUUAUGCUGUGGGAAAGGCGAUUGAGGAUAAUCCAGCGGUGGGGAUUUCUUCGGUGAAGAAUGGUCAUGAUGUUGCCUCGCAUGCUUAUAGAGUAAGUGACUUCCCCUCCUCUUCCUGAAUCAAAACGGGCAUUCAUCGUCUCGGUUCUCAACUACUAUUGAACGACCAAAUCACAGUACUGAUUUACUGCAGUGGAUUGAUUAUGCCGAUAUGUCAGUAGAGCAAGAAAAAGCCUACAUCAAGAAAGAAAUCGAAACGAUUCGCGAUAUCUGCGGCGAACCACCCAAGGGAUGGUAUUACGGCCGAUUAUCCAGUAGAUCUCAAGCUCUAGUCUGGGAAGUCUACAAAGAGAUGGGUGUCCCAUUACUUUGGGACUCGGAUUCGUAUGCAGACGAUCUACCAUACUGGGUCGACGUCCCAGCCGAAAAAGACGAGCCUGAGCCAAAGGGAAUGCUCAUGAUUCCAUAUAGUUACGGUCAGUCCCUGCCUCUCUUUAUCUGAUGAUACGUUUUGCUCACACAUCCUAGAUUGCAACGACUACAAAUUCAACGUGCCAACCGGAUUCGGCGGGCCCAACGAUUUCUACGACCACGUUAAGAACGCAUUCGACACCCUGUACGAAGAGGGGAUUGAUGGCUCACCGAAAAUGAUGACCAUCGCUCUGCACUGUCGCUGUAUCGGGAAACCAGGACGCUUCAUGGCUUUGAAGAAGAUUGUGGAACAUAUUUCUUCCAAGCCGGAUGUUUGGGUGGCUACGAGGACGCAGAUUGCGGAGCAUUUUAGAGAGAAAUUCCCGUAUGAGAAGGGGUUUUUGGCUCCGGGGGUAAGGAGAGCUGAGGCUCCUAAUAUGACUCCGAAUGCGUGGCCGGCGCAUAAGAGUCCGCCUGUGUAGUUGGAGAUGUGAGGUUGUAAUGGAUUAUUAUUAUCUUAAUUAUUUUUGGUGUGGUUGUCUUGUGCCGCUUGUCUCGUUCUCUCGUUGAUUCUCGUUCCUUGACUUCUCCCUUUCUGUUCCUCUUUUCCUCUUCCCCAGAUUUUUUUGAAACCCCUCUAUGAAAUAGACGACCAUCUUUUCAAAACACCCUCAGCCCCGUCAACUCUAUUUUAAACCACGUAACAACAUCCGAUCCUCCA